AUGCGGAAGGGGUCAGAUCACUUGAUGCUGCCUGGAAUGAAGCCAGCGACAACCAUUGAGGAUUUCCAAGGUUGCGAGAGCAAGAUUGUUGUGGCUAUCUUGGGGGUUACGCAAGAAGCUGGCCCCAAGACCCUUGCUGACAACCGGCUCCUGAGUGUGAUGCUCAGUCGCUCGACAUGUGGCCUGGUUAUUGUCGGAGAUGUGAAU